GGCUAAAUGAUUGUAGCUUAACUGACAAAAGCUGUCCAGCUCUGGCUGCAGUUCUUGGAUCAGAUACCAAUCUGAAAGAGCUGAACAUGAACAAUAAUAAUCUGCAGGAUUUAGGAGUGAAGCUGCUCUGCACUGGACUUAAGGAUAUAAAUUGCAAACUAGAGAUACUGAGUCUGAAGAACAACUGUAUCACAGAAGGAGGUUGUCAUGUUCUGGCUGCAGCUCUAAAUUCAAACCCUUCAAAUCUGACAGAGCUGGAUCUGAGCAGGAAUCAAAUAGGAGACUCUGGAGUGACAGAAAUCUCCAGUCUGCUGAGAAAUUCACAGACACUACAGAUACUCAGACUUUCAGACUGCAGUAUCAGUGAAGAAGGUUAUAAAGCUCUGUCUUCAGCUCUGAGAUCAAACCCUUCACACCUGAUAGAGCUGGAUCUCACAGGAAAUGAUCCUGGAGAAUCAGGAGUGAAGCAGCUCAGUGAUUUACUACAGGAUCCAAACUGUCAACUCAAGACACUGAGGUUUUUGGGUCCUGCUGCAGAUGAAGGCUGUCAGUAUGUGACUGGAAUUGUGGGUAAAAACCUGUUACUCCUGAGAGAGCUGGAUCUGAGUGGACGUAAACUAGGAGACACAGGAGUGAAUCAGAUCUCUGCUCUACUGCAGGAUAAACACUGUACACUCAACACACUGAAUCUGUGGAGAUGCAGUAUUACAGAGAAACAGUGUCUCAUCCUGACUUCAGCUCUGAAAUCAAACCCAUCACACCUGAGAGAACUGAACCUGAGCGGGAAUAAACUACUAGGAGACUCUGGAGUGAAACACCUCAGUGAUCUACUGAUGAACACACAAUUCAAGCUGGAGAAACUAGAUCUGUGUGGAUGCAGUAUUACAGAGAAACAGUGUCUCAUCCUGACUUCAGCUCUGAAAUCAAACCCAUCACACCUGAGAGAACUGAACCUGAGCAGGAAUAAACUACUAGGAGACUCUGGAGUGAAACACCUCAGUGAUCUACUGAUGAACACACAAUUCAAGCUGGAGAAACUAGAUCUGUGUGGAUGCAGUAUUACAGAGAAACAGUGUCUCAUCCUGACUUCAGCUCUGAAAUCAAACCCAUCACACCUGAGAGAACUGAACCUGAGCAGGAAUGAACUACUAGGAGACUCUGGAGUGAAACACCUCAGUGAUCUACUGAUGAACACACAAUUCAAGCUGGAGAAACUAGAUCUGUGUGGAUGCAGUAUUACAGAGAAACAGUGUCUCAUCCUGACUUCAGCUCUGAAAUCAAACCCAUCACACCUGAGAGAACUGAACCUGAGCUGGAAUCAAAUAAAAAACCCAGGACUGAAUCACUUAUGUGACGUACUGAAGGAUUCACGCUGUAAACUGGAGAGAUUGAGACUUCAUGUCUGUGACAUUACAGAUGUUUCUUCUUUAACUCAGUCUUUGACAAACACAAAAGCUCUGCAGUUUCUAAAAGAGCUUGAUCUGAGUGAUAAUGAGAUUGGAGACUCAAACCAGAAGCUCAUUGAUGUGCUACGAGACUCAAACUGUGAACUGAUGUGA